AAGACUCCACGUCGCCCGCUGAGCUCUCGGGACCUGGACCUCGGACCAACUCGCUGAUCCGAACCCAUUCUUCCUCCUCCUUUGACACACUUUUGGUCACCUUUGAGAAGAUUCCAGGCCAAUCUCCAGAUUUCUCAUCCGACACUUUUGCUCUUCUCACUUGGUGUCCUCCUGGCAGCUAUCUCCAUGCUGUGGUGAUCCACAGGAGGUGAAAAUGAAAAGCGCUCCGUCUGUGGUUCUCACUGCCCUACUGGCGCUAUUGCUGUCCUGCUCAUGCCAGGCCCAGGACCAAGUGGAGCCACCCUCACAUUUGACCUUUCACAUUUUGGAUGAGAGGACGGUGCAGAUGUCAUGGAAACGGUCACGCUCCGACAUUGACGGUUACAGGAUACACGUGACCUCUGACACAGGAGAACUAACACGAGAAUUCGCUUUGGCGCCGUCGGCCACCACGACCUCCAUCUCCGACCUUAAUGCAGAUGUGGAAUAUUCUGUUAGCAUAUCCGCGUACUCUAGCUCAGAGGAAAGUCUUCCCAUUUCGGGCCAGAUCACAAUUGAGUCGGGCGGCGCCUCGCGAGGACCGUCAAGAAGACCAGACUCCACCUCCCUCAAAUGCUCCGUGAGCGCCGUGGCAGACGUGGUCUUCCUGGUGGACGCCAGCCGCAGCAACUUCAAAAGCGUUCGCAGUUUCGUGGCGGCCGUGGCCGGCUCCUUCCAGAUCGGUGAAGACAAAACCCGUGUGGGAGUGGUUCAAUACGGCGGGGAUACGCCCACCGGGUUCAGACUGGACCAACACAUGAGCCGACCCACUGUGAUGCACGCCAUCAGCGCGCUGGUGCACCACCGAUACCCCGCCAGAACAGGUGACGCUCUAGAUUACCUGUUGGCCAACACCUUCACGGAGGCGGCGGGCGCCAGGACGGCUUUUCCCAAAGUGCUGUUGAUCCUAACAGACGGCCAGUGGGAGGAUUCCGCGCAACGUUCCGCCAGGCGGCUGAGAAACGCGGGCGUGGAGAUCUUUGUUGUCGGAAUUCAGGAGAGUGAUCAGGAGAAGCUGAAGGAGCUGGCCUCAUCUCCUUCCAGAAGUCACAUUUUUACAGUGGCCGCCUUGGACAGCAUCCAGAAUGUUCAGAGGGAGGUCAUCGGUCAGGUGUGUGCGGGCGUUGAAGAUCAGCUCAGCUCCCUGGCCAGUGGAGAAGAAGUCGUCGAGCCCGCCUCCAACCUUCAGGUCCUGGAGGUGGCCUCAAAGACCAUGAGGAUGAGCUGGAGCGCAUCCGCCGGCGAUGUUUCUGGGUACAAGGUGCAGAUGAUCCCCAUGAUGGCUGGUGGCAAGCGUCAGGAGCUGUACGUGGGCCAGAGCCAGACCUCCGUAGUGGUCCGGGACCUCUCGCCAGACAUGGAGUACCAGGUCAGCCUGUUUGCCCUGAAAGGCCUCACGCCAAGCGAGCCCGUGGUGGUCCUGCAGAGGACUCAGCCAGUGAAGGUGUCAGUGGAAUGUUCUCUGGGCGUGGACGUCCAAGCUGACGUGGUUCUCCUAGUGGACGGGUCUUACAGCAUCGGCCUGGCCAACUUUGCUAAGGUCCGAGCCUUCUUGGAGGUGCUGGUGACCACCUUUGACAUUGGACCAGACAAAGUCCAGAUCAGCUUGGUCCAAUACAGUCGCGACCCGCACACCGAGUUCUUCCUGAACACUCACCACGACCUGAGCGGCGUGGUCAAGGCGGUGAGGUCUUUCCCGUACCGAGGUGGCUCCACCAACACGGGCAAGGCCAUGACCUACGUGAGGGACAAGAUCUUCCAACUGGCUAGAGGUGCGCGGGCCAACGUUCCUCGUGUCACCAUCCUCAUCACGGACGGCAAGUCUUCCGACGCCUUCCAGCAGCCGGCCACCAAGCUGAGGGACGCUGAUGUGGAGAUCUUUGCUGUGGGCGUGAAGGACGCCGUGCGGUCCGAGCUGGAGGCCAUCGCCAACUCGCCCGCCGAGACGCACGUGUACACCGUGGAGGACUUUGACGCUUUCCAGAGGAUCUCAAAAGAGCUGACGCAGUCCAUCUGCCUGAGGAUCGAGCAGGAGCUUCGCAACAUCCAGAAGAGACAGCUAGUCCAGCCCAGAGGCCUGUCCUUCUCCGAGGUCACCUCCAGAAGCUUCCGCACCUCUUGGGAAAUUGACGCCACCGACGUGGAGUCCUAUUUGGUUCAGUUCAAGCCUGUGGACAUCCCUGACGCCCAUUUGGUGUCCAUGUCCGUCCCCGGGGACACCCUCACUGCCGUCCUUCCCUACCUCACCCCCCUGACCCGCUACCAAGUUAACGUCUCUGCUCAGUAUGAGCGAGGCGACAGUUUGCCAUUGAGCGGCCACGAGACCACCCUGGAGGAACAAGGUCCGGUACGCAACCUGAGAGUGUCAGAGGAGACCACAGACAGCUUCCGGGUGUGGUGGCAGCCGGCGCCAGGAGCCGUCAUCCGCUACCGCUUGACCUUUGAACCUGUCGGAGAGGCAGGCGCCAGGGCGGAAGUGACCACGCUCGGCGAUGAGACUGACAUUGUGCUGCAGGGGCUCCGACCUCGGACCACUUACCUGGUGACCGUCACCGCUGAGUACCAGUCUGGGUCUGGACCACCACUGCAGACGUAUGGCACCACCAAAGAAGAGGUGGGUCCCCCUAAAAACCUGCUGACGCGGGACGUGACCGACAGCAAUUUUUCCGUGUGGUGGACGGCCGCUCCUGGGAACGUCAGAAUGUACCGAGUCCGAUGGCAGUCCAUGUAUUCCCAAGAGUCUGGCGAGAAGAUGGUCCGAGGGGACGAAACCAACACCGUGCUGGAAGGUCUGAGCCCCGAGACGCUCUACCAGGUCUCUGUGGUUGCAGCCUAUGAGCACAAAGACAGCGAGGCGCUCUCAGGACAGGAAACCACUGAUGCCUCCGCCGAGGUGAAAAGGCUGCGCGUGUCGGACGAGACGGAGCGGAGCAUGAAAGCCACGUGGCUGCCGGCACCCGGCAAGGUACUCCACUACCGUCUCAAGUAUGUUCCCAGCGCCGGGGGCAGGGAAGUGGUCUUGAAGAUCCCAGCCGGGGUCACCUCCUCCGUCCUGAAGAGGCUGCAACCUUUGACCUCGUACAGCAUCACUGUCCAUCCCGUCUACAAGCGCGGGGAAGGAAAAGCAAGGCAAGGAGUAGGAAGCACACUGUCACCUUACAAGGCUCCGAGGAACCUGCAGACCUCAGAGCCCACCAAGACCAGUUUCAGGGUCUCCUGGGACCCGUCACCCGGGAACGUUCGAGGCUACAAGGUGACCUUCCAUCCCGUUGGGGAUGAUAUCGACCUGGCCGAGCUGCUGGUGGGCCCCUAUGAUAACACUGUGGUUCUGGAGGAACUUAGGGCGGGAACAAAGUAUAACGUGGCGGUGUUCGGAAUGUUCGACGGAGGAGAGAGUUUGCCUCUGGCGGGAGAGGAGAAGACGACGCUCUCUGACGCUCCCGAGCCGCCCGCAUUCGGUCCUUCUGACGCACAAUGUAAGACCUCAGCCAAGGCCGACGUGGUGUUGCUGGUGGACGGAUCCUGGAGUAUUGGCCGCAUAAACUUUAAAACCAUUCGCAACUUCAUCGCUCGCAUGGUCAGCGUCUUUGACAUCGGUCCGGACAAAGUCCAGAUUGGUCUGGCUCAGUACAGCGGUGACCCCAAGACCGAGUGGCACCUGAACGCUCACUCAACCAAGGCAUCCCUGCUGGAUGCCAUAGCCAACCUGCCCUACAAAGGAGGAAACACCAUGACAGGCAUGGCGCUGAGCUACAUCCUCCAGAACAACUUCAAACCCAACGUGGGAAUGCGCGAAGAAUCUCGUAAAAUCGGCAUCCUGAUCACAGAUGGAAAAUCACAGGACGAAAUUAUCACCAACUCGCAGAACCUGAGAGACAGCGGCAUUGAGCUCUACGCCAUUGGCGUGAAGAACGCAGAUGAGAAUGAGCUGCGGUCCAUCGCUUCCGACCCCGAUGCCAUUCACAUGUACAACGUCAACGACUUCCAGUUCCUGCUGGACAUCGUGGAUGACCUCACCGUCAACCUUUGUAACAGCGUCAAGGGCCCAGGGGAAGCGCUGGAGGCGCCCACCAACCUGGUGACCUCCGAGGUGACCCACCGCUCCUUCCGCGCCACCUGGACCGCGCCCGACACUCCCGUGGAGAGAUUCCGCGUCGUGUACGUGAGGGCGGCCGGAGGACCUGCACAGGAGAUGCUGCUGGACGGCUCUGUGACCUCUACGGUUUUGGACGAUCUGAGCUCUCUCACCGAGUACCUCGUGAGCGUCUAUUCUCUGGCUGGCGAGGAGAGCAGCGAGCCGCUGGUGGGCCGCGAGACCACUUUGCCGUUGCCGUCCGUCACGUCCAUGAAUGUUUAUGACGAGACCAUGAGCACUAUGAGGGUUCGUUGGGAGAGGGUGGGCGGAGCCAGCGGUUACAUUGUGCUGUACCGCUCCAUCAACGCCACCGAGCCUCAGCUGGAUAAGGAGGUCCGUGUCCGAGGAGAUGUGAGUGACGUGCAGCUGACACAGCUGAUUCCGAACACGGCGUAUUCCAUCUCAGUUUUGGCUCAGCACGGCGAAGCUACGAGCGAGCCAAAGAAGGGCACCGGAGUCACGUUGCCUAUGCCUCCUGCUGGAGCUCUCAGGAUCUCGUCUGUCACUCACAGCAGCAUGAGGCUCAACUGGGACCCCGCCCCCGGACUGGUGCGCAAGUACUUGGUCGUCUACAGGGCAGAGGACGGAGACGCCAAAGAGCGUGAGGUCGCUGGUGACAUCACCACCCUGGACCUGUCCGGCCUGACCUCCCAAACUGAGUACGACGUGGCUGUGACGGCAGUCUACGACGAAGGGCCGGCCAUCCCCAUGCUUGGAAACGCAAUCACGGAUGUUGUACCAGCACCAAAGAACCUGCAGUUCUCUGAGGUGGACCUGACCUCCUUCAGGGCCACGUGGGAGCAUGGAGCACCGGAUGUGGCUCUGUACCGCAUCGGAUGGACCAAGAAAGGCGAGAACGACGUCCAGUCUACUAUCUUGGGCAACGAUGAGACAUCCCACGUUCUGCAGAAUUUGGACCCGGACACUGAAUACACGGUGACUGUGACGGCCAUCUACCCAGAUGAGUCUGAAAGUGAAGACUUGAUGGGCAACGAGCGCACAUUGUUAAAGGCUGUGGACGUGCGGCCGGAGCCUCCUCGAAACCUGAAGGUUUACAACGCCACCGUCAGCACGCUGGCGGUAAGGUGGGACCCGGCCCCCGGCCCCGUGCAGAACUACAAGAUCCUUUACGCUGCGCUUGCGGGAGGCGAGGCUCUCUCAACGCAGGUCGGAGGCAAGAAGACCAGCACCAUCCUGCAGAAGUUGUCCCCUGACACGCCGUAUGUGGUGACCAUGACCGCUGUGUACCCCACUGGCCUCAGCAGAGAUGUUUCAGCAGAAGGAAGAACCAAGCCUCUGGGUGGUGUGAGGAACCUACAGGUUGUCAACCCCACCAUGACCACGCUCAAUGUGCGCUGGGAGCCGGCCGAGGGUCGUGUCAAGGAGUACAAAGUGAUCUACGCUCCUGCUGCCGGAGGAGCUGAGAGCAUGGAGCAGGUGUCUGCUGGCACCACCAGCACCACCCUGAGAGGCCUGCAGCCUGACACCCUGUACACCGUCUCCCUGGUGCCUGUCUACGCCGAGGGAGAUGGCAAGACCAUGUCUGAAAAUGGAAGGACGCGGCCACUCGGGGGUGUGAAGAACCUGCAGGUGACUGACCCCACCAUGACCUCGCUCAACGUCAAGUGGGACCUGGCUGACGGGGCCGUUCGCUUGUACAAGGUCUUCUACGUGCCCGUCGCUGGCGGCCGCGAGGAGAUGGAGCAAGUUCCUGCCAGUGUCAACUCCAUCAUCCUCAGGAACCUUCUUCCUGACACGGCGUACUCUGUAUCCGUCUUACCAGUUUACCCGGCCAGGGAGGGAAAACGGCAAUUUGAGAACGGAAAGACUUUGCCUCUGGGCGGCGUGGGCAACAUGAAGGUGACCAACCCCACCAUCACGACUCUCACUGUGACCUGGAACCUUGCAGACGGAAACGUCCAGGGCUACAAAGUCAUCUACGUGCCAGAAGAUGGAGGCCUGGAGAUCAUGGAGCAAGUGUCUGAGAGCACCACCAGCACCGUCCUGGAGAAGCUCCUCCCAGACACCCGCUACACUGUCACCGUGGUCCCCGUCUACGCCGAGGGCGACGGUCCGAGUCUGACCGACAGCAGCAAGACAAAGCCGCUGGGCAUGGUGAGGAACCUUCAGGUGUUUGAUCCCACCACCAGCACCCUCAACGUGCGCUGGGAGCCCGCCGAGGGGAACGUUCGCGAGUACAUUGUCAUCUGGGUGCCGAGUGGAGGCGGAGACCAGGAUGUGGACCAGGUUUCUGGAUCCACCACCUCCACUGUGCUCAAGAACCUGGAGGCCGACACCGAGUACACCGUCACCGUGGUGCCCGUCUACCAUGAGAUGGAGGGACUGCCGCUGUCCGAAAAUGGGAAGACGAAUCCGUUCGGGGGCGUAAAGAACCUGCAAGUGGUGGACCCAACCAUCAACACUCUGACAGUGCGUUGGGAGCCGGCGGUGGGCAAUGUUCGCAGCUACAAGGUCACCUACUCAGCAGAGCCUGAUGGAGAACAACAAACGGAGGAGGUGUCAGGUGGCACGACUAGCACCAUGCUGAGAAACCUGGACUCAGACACCGUCUACAAUGUGGUAGUGGUUCCCAUUUAUCCGGAUGUGGAGGGCAUUCCCGAGGCUGAUAAGGGAAAGACCAAACCCUUGAGUGGCGUGAAGAAUCUCCGCCUUAGCGACCCCACCACCAACUCCCUAAGAGUGCGCUGGGACGCGGCCGAGGGCGACGUCCGGCAGUACAGGAUCUUCUACGUGCCCGCUGCUGGAGGAGACGAGCUCAUGAUUCAGGAAUCUGGCAUGGUGACCAACGCCGUUCUGAGAGACCUGCAGCCUGACACAGAGUACAAGGUCACCCUGGUGCCCAUUUACCCCGACGUGGAAGGAAAACGCAUGUCGGAGAAUGGGAAGACGAAGGCGCUGGGCGGCGUGAAGAAUCUGCAGGUCACAGAUCCCACCACCAGCACCCUCAAGGUCCAGUGGGAGCCCGCGGAGGGAAACGUGCGUCAGUACCGCCUCUUCUACGUGCCUGCGGCCGGCGGCGCAGAGGACAUGGAGCAGGUAUCAGGAGGCACCACCAGCACCAUCCUGAGGAACCUCCUCUCAGACACCUCCUACACCGUCACCGUCGUCCCCGUUUACCCAGAGGGAGAAGGUCUGCGCCAGUCUGAGAUGGGACGCACACUUCCACGCACACCACCACGUAACAUCCAGGUGUACAACCCCACCCCCAACAGCCUCAACGUGCGCUGGGAGGCGGCCUCGGGCCAGGUGCAGCAGUAUCGUGUGGAAUACGCCCCCGUGAGCGGAGCCGCACCAUCCCAGUUUGUGCUGGUUCCCGGGAAUGUCAACAAUGCCUUCCUUGACAGCCUGAUCCCGGACACUCCCUACCGGGUCAGCGUGUCCGCCAUGUACCCUGAUGGCGAAGGACUGUCACUGAAGGGCAACGGGAAAACAUUACCCCGUGCCGGGCCGCGGAACCUGCGGGUGUUUGAAGCCACCACCAACUCUCUCACCAUCGGGUGGGACCACGCUGAGGGUCCCGUGAGGCAGUACCGUAUCAUCUAUGCCCCCAUGACGGGAGACCCCAUUACGGAAUAUGCUGUCGUUCCUGGGAACAGAAACAACGCCAGGCUGCAGAACCUGUUCCCCGACACGCCGUACAACAUCACAGUGGAGGCCAUCUAUUCAGAGGGCCCCGGAGGACUCCUCAAUGGGAACGGACGCACAGUGGGCCGGCUGAGUCCAAGGAACCUGCGCGUGUCAGAUGAGUGGUACACACACUUCCGAGUGGCCUGGGACCCCGUGUCGGCUCCUGUGGAAGGAUACAGACUCAUCUACUCGCCACACGGCGUUGACCAGUCCAUCGACGUCUUUGUGGGUGAUGUGACCUCCUACUCUCUGCACAACCUGAAGCCCGGCACCACCUAUGACGUCAAAGUCCUGGCACAGUACAGCGGCGGCUCGAGUGUGCCACUCGAUGGGCGCGGAACAACGUUGUUCCUCAACGUGACCAACAUUGAGACAUACAACAUCGCUCACGAUAAGUUCUGCGUCAAGUGGACGCCUCACCGAGCGGCCACAUCGUACCGCCUCCGACUGAACCCAGUAGACCCGUCCAGUCGAGGUCAACACGAGAUCACCAUCCCAGCCGGCCUUCCCCAGUACUGUUUUGAUGGACUUUCUCCCGACGCCCUCUACACCGCCACCGUCUUUGUCCAGACGCCCAACCUGGAAGGACCCGGCGUCAGCGCCAGAGAGAGAACCUUGGUCAAGCCAACGCCCGCACCUACGCUCCCGCCUACCCCAAGCCCCCCGCCCACCAUACCCCCAUCAUGGGCAGUGUGCAAAGGUGCCAAGGCAGACUUGGUGUUCCUCAUCGACGGCUCGUGGAGUAUCGGCGAGGAGAGCUUCACCAAAGUUGUGAAUUUCGUCUCCAGCAUGAUCGGAGCCUUUGACGUCAUCGGCCCCGCUGGGAUGCAGGUGUCGUUCGUGCAGUACAGCGACGACGCAAAGACAGAGUUCAAGUUGAACGCGUACCAAGACAAAGGUGUCGCCAUGUUGGCGCCUCAUCACAUCCGCUACAGAGGAGGAAACACCAAAACGGGAGUGGCUCUGAAGCACACGUAUGAAAAGGCCUUCUCUUUGGAGAACGGCAUGAGGAGGAACGUCCCCAAGGUGGUGGUGGUCAUCACAGAUGGACGUUCUCAGGAUGAAGUGAAGAAGAGCGCUGCCAAGCUGCAACACGCAGGUUACAGCGUCUUUGCCAUCGGCGUGGCUGACGUAGACUUUGUGGAGCUGCAGGAGAUCAGCAGCAAGCCCAGCGAAAGACACGUCUUUGUUGUGGAUGACUUUGAUGCUUUUGACACCAUCAAGGAGAACCUGAUCACCUUCAUUUGUGAAACGGCCACAUCCACGUGCCCGCUGAUCUUCGUCAACGGCUUUGUGUCUCCUGGUUUCAGGAUGCUGGAGACUUUUAACCUGACAGAGAAAACCUACGCUCAGGUGAGAGGCGUCUCCAUGGAGCCUGGAUCCUUCAACAGCUUCACAUCCUACAGACUCCACAAAAACGCUUUCCUGGCAAUGCCCAGCACAGACGUGCACCCUGAAGGCCUUCCUCAUGUCUACACCAUCAUUCUCAUGUUCCGCCUCCUACCCGACUCACCGACUGAGGCCUUUGACAUCUGGCAGGUGUCCAGUUCGGAUCACAAACCAGAGACCGGAGUCACCAUUGACUCCGCCAGACAGACCGUGUCCUUUUACAACAAGGACGAACGCGGGGAGAUCCAGCGGGUCACCUUCGAUGAACCUCAGGUCAAGCAGAUCUUCCAUGGAAGCUUUCACAAGCUGCACAUCCUGGUUUCCUCCACGGACGUCAAACUCAACGUGGACUGCCAAACCGUGGCCGAGAAGCCCAUCAAAGCUGCGGGAAGCACGUCCAAAGACGGCUACCAAGUCCUGGGAAAAAUGUCUAAGUCCAUCGGCUCCCGAGGAGAGUCAGCAAGUUUCCAGCUGCAGAUGUUCGAUAUUGUGUGCACGUUGGCGUGGACCAGCAGGGACCGAUGCUGCGACCUUCCAUCCCUGAGAGACGAGACCAAGUGUCCGUCGCUGCCCAACGCGUGCACGUGCACCACGACCAGCAACGGCCCUCCGGGACCGCAGGGACCGGUGGGUGCACCUGGAAGCAAAGGACCACGCGGUGAAAGAGGAGAGCUCGGUUCUCCGGGACCAGCGGGACCGCAUGGAGACAUCGGAGCACCUGGACCCAUGGGCCUGCCCGGCCCACAAGGACCCAGUGGACGCUCAAUACCAGGAGAGGCUGGCCGUCCUGGACCCAAAGGAGAACCCGGUGACUCGGGCCUACCUGGACAAAAGGGCUCACCAGGACCUCGCGGGCCUAUUGGACCCAUCGGCCCAGCCGGAGUGAGGGGCCCCCAAGGAAAGGACGGACUUGUAGGACCCAGAGGACCUGCUGGGCCCAUGGGACCCCCGGGAUCUCCAGGAGCGCCAGGGCCAGAAGGGAAACCAGGAAACACCGGAGCUCCUGGACCUGCUGGUUCCGUGGGUCCGAAGGGAGACAAGGGAGAGCGAGGUGACUUUGCUCCUCAGAAUAUGAUGCGCUCCAUCGCCAGGCAGGUUUGCGAGCAGCUCGUCAACGCCCAGAUGAACCGCGUCAACAACCUACUCAACCAGAUCCCUACCGGCAUUCACCGCAACAACAACCCGGGCCCCCCCGGCCCGCCCGGACCCCCUGGCAGAACCGGACCGCGUGGAGAAGUGGGACCCGCCGGAAGGAAUGGCUUCCCUGGAAAUCCAGGCUUACCGGGUCAGGCCGGAGAAGCAGGGCCGGCGGGAGAGAAGGGCGAGCGAGGCUUAGGAGGAGUGGGACAGAAAGGCCCCAGGGGGCCCGCUGGUCCACCAGGAGAAAGUAGGACAGGACCUCCAGGACCAUCAGGCUCCACAGGACCACGUGGUCCUCCCGGUCGUCCCGGUUAUGCCGGCGUUCGCGGCCCACCCGGACCUGCGGGCUACUGCGACUCCUCCCAAUGUGUCGGUAUUCCUUACAACGGCCAAGGAUACGUAGGCCGCUACCCAUCCGCUCCCGACGCACGGGCGGUCCCGGUCCCCGAGGAAGGCCAGUCAUCCCAGGAGCGGCGCCGGAAGAGGUCGCUGGCGAGGAAGGCGUCCGACAGGCUAACAUCAUAAGACGCCGUCUUCUUCUUCAAAGCGUGUGUGAAUAUUGAUUA